ACCCUGCUUAAGUGCUGUCGUCCCCUGCAUCCAUCCUGACCAUGUCAGGUCUCACUGACAUUUGGUCUCACUGUAUAUCUAUGGAAAUAUUUCAUCCAUCUGUUUUCACCUCUAUUACAUAGAAUCAAACACAUUAAAAAAAUGGACUUUACUGCUAUUACUUUAUUCUCAUCAAAGACUCCUGCUGUACUUAUAAUACUUCAAAAGAAUAUCAUUUGGGCUCUUUCAUCUCUCUCUGUUUCUCUCUGUGUGUGUCUCUCUCUCUCUCUCUCUCCCUCACUCUCUCCGUCGUGUCAUUAUAGCCACCCUUAUCUUCUCCCCUCACUCGUGCACCAGUCAGGUCUGUGUGUGUGGUCAUGCUGUGGUUGUUGUGCUGCUGAGAGACCCUAAAACAGGAACAAGCAAAAAAAACCCACAAACAACAGAGAACAGAAGCACUGGUCCAUAUAUUAACAACUGAAAUGGAGGAAUGGCAGGUUCCCACUUCUUUAGGACACACAGAAGCCAAAGAGAACUUCUCAUCACCAAUAGUUAACAGGUCUUGUGAGAAUCUGGAAUGCUACAUGGUCCUCAUCGAGGCAGAGAAGACAGCCAUCGGCUCCAUCUGUUUCCUGGCAGGUCCUAUCACACUGCUGGAAAAUGCUCUGGUGUUGGGAGUGAUCGCUGCCACAGCCACCCUUCGGCAACGGCCUUCAUAUCUGUUUAUCGCCAGCCUUGCUCUGGCUGACGUCUUCGCCAGCUGCUUCUUCACCACCAGCUUCCUGGACUUUCACCUCUUUCGCCGCCGUGAUGGCCCCACUGCCUACCUCUUUAAAUUAGGUGGUGUCACCAUGGCCUUCAGUAGUUCAGUUGGGAGUUUACUACUGACCGCUCUGGACCGCUACCUCUGCAUCCACCAGGCCUGCAGCUAUAAGGUGCUGCUGACCCGUCGCCGUGCACUGCUGAGCCUGCUGAUCCUCUGGAGCGCCACCAUCUUUAUCUCCUUCUUGCCGCUGAUGGGCUGGAGGUGUCCCACAGGGCUUACUCCACCCUGCUCAUUCCUGUUUCCCUACAUCAACCAGGGCUAUCUGGCCUGCUGGACCAGCUUCAUCCUGGUGCUUCUGGCUCUCAUUUUGGGGGCUUACGCUCUCAUCCUGUGGAAGGCCCACCGCCACGAGUCCUCCAUGACUAGCUUCCAGGGAGCAGCAGGGACAGGCCAGGCCCGUAUGAGGAUGGAUAUCCGGCUAGCACGUACCUUUGGCUUGAUCCUACUCAUACUAGUGGGCUGCUGGCUUCCUGCACUCUCCUUCAUGUUAGCUGAUGUCUCUGUGCUCCUGACCCACACCCAACAGAGGGCCUUCGCCUUUUGCAGCACCCUCUGCCUGGUCAACUCUGCAGUCAACCCACUGCUGUAUGCACUGCGCUGUCGAGAGCUAAGAGUUGCCCUACUGCAGUUGCUACAGAGGCUGUAUGAUAUUGGGAGGUGUAAAAAAUCUACAGAGGACUUAACCUCAGGAUUACCCUCCACAGAAGACAACUGUACUGCCCUCUCUGAGGACGAGAUGCCCAGGACCAGAACCACCCGACUUAACUUGAUCUCAGAAGUGGUGAACAAACAGCAGCUGAACAUCAGAAAAUGAGUUGAAAUUAAGGAGUAGUAACAACUGUUUGUUUGUGGCAGCGUGCUUGGGGUGUAAAAACAGACAUAUAUAUAUAUAUAUAUAUAUAUAUAUAUAUAUAUAUAUAUAUAUGUCUGUCCAUUAUAUGUAUAUAACAUAAUGGAGAACUUCAUUCUAGAUUAAGAGUCAAAUCCACAAUACUUAUGAGCAGGAUUCAUUCUCAUCAAACUAUUAGUGCUGGCAAAUACUUUGACUUGCUUUUUUUGAACAAGGCUAUCGUAGUAAAGUCUAACUCUAAAUAUUGUUAGUAGUAACAGGUAAUCAAAAAGAUCAGAAAGUCUAUAAAAUCUUAGAAACAUGCUACAUAUUGUGUUUUGCUUGCAGUUACAAGAUACACUGAAAAAAUACAGCUUGUAAGGAGAAAAACAUUAACUGUGGCAAAUAUUUUGUCACCAUUAAACAUCUCAUUGGUUUAAGCCAGGCAAAAGGUUUAGUGUACGUUAGGCUUUUUUAAGUGAGAUGAUGUGAUGUUGCCAUCCAACCCAUUACCUUUGACCUCUCUGCCUCCCAUGUCAGUGCUUAACUCUCUCACUCCUAUGACAUACUGUGUCCUGUGAAGUGCUGACUUCACUUUUGGGUUCACUACACGGUAGAAAGGUGGAUUUGUUGUUCCUAUGCUUGUUUAUGUUUGAGUAUUUGUCCCUGAGCGUGCAGGAACAGAGAACCCUGUGGGUUGUCUAUCCUAUUUGCACAUGAAUGCCAGAACUCCACAAAAGCCCCAUGCACGGGAGGAUUUCACACAAUGUUCACCACAUGAAUCCAAGCAGUGUGUCGGGGUAAAUGGGGCACAUGUCAGGAAGAGAACGAGCACGGACACUAGAACACUCUUUGCAAUAGUGACAACUGGCAGUUGCAGUAAAGCACAUACUAUAAGGUAACAAUAUAAAGAAAAACAAAAGUCCUAAAAUGCUUGUUGAUCUUAGGUCAUUGGAUACUAGACAGAACAUGUGUUUCAACCACUGUAUCAACUGAUUAAAAAUAAUACUUGACCAUACUCUA